AUGGAUUCUCAUGACAUCCGUAUAAUUGUUUCGACCAUUACUCAUCCAUUUCAGGAGUCACAUUCACCUCAAGAAUCACAUUCGCCACGUUCACUUCAAGUGUUAAACCUCCUUCAGGAGUCACAUCCCUUUCAGGAAUCACAUUCCCUUCAAGAGUCACAUUCCCCUCAAGAGUCACAUUCUCUUCAAGAAUUACAUCUUCAAGAGUUCCGAGAAACUCACUCACUUCAGGAAUCCCGAGAGACUCCUCCACUUCAAGAGUCCCAAGAUUCACUUCCUCUUCAAGAAUCACAUCUUCAAGAGUUCCGAGAAACUGACUCACUUCAGGAAUCCCGAGAGACUCCUCCACUUCAAGAGUCUCAAGAUUCACUUCCACUUCAAGAACUAUCUCCUGCUCUCACAUACCCACCCCGAGAACCAAUUCCUAUUUUAACCCAUUCACUACAAGUUUCAUCAACAAUAUUAGCUCAUCCACUUCAAGGUCCAUUAACAAACAUUGAAUAUCCUUCUACAACUCCAUCAUUAACCACCAGAAUGUCUACACUUUCUUAUGAUUUACGUGAUUCCCAUCGUGAAUACUUGCCCUCUUACUAUUCAGCGAUACGGGAUAUGCCACCCGUAUAUAAUCCAAUUAUUAAUGAAGAAAGCCAGUUAAUAACGACUAUAAUAAUAACACCUAAUCAACAUAUUGACCCUUUUCAAAUAAUUGAACCUAUUCAACCACAAGAGAAUACUCUAUUAAUUAAAAAUUUUUAUAUUUAUGGUUUUAUAUUUUUACCAUUUUGGUUUAUUGGUGCUUGUUAUCUGUUUUCAAAAGAUCCUUCUUAUAGAACAUGGGCUAAACGAUGUAUUUGUAAUAUCAUGAUAGUUUUAGCUGUGCUUGGAUAUAUGAUUGUUUCAUUAAUUCGUAGUGAUGGAAAAUGGACUUCAUGA